UUCCUGUCAAUUUGGUGUUUGCGGCUGAGCGUAUGUGAGUUGAGUUUGUGUUGUCGGAAUUUUAUACGUGUCCUCUUGUAGAGAAAAUAUUCAGAUUAUUUUUAACUUUUCAUCAAAUAAUAUCUUGAAAUGGCAUUCAAAAGAGACAAGAAGGAAGAGGAAGAUGGAGGUGGAAAUAUUUUUCAAAAUCUUGAGAAGACUAGUGUUCUACAAGAAGCACGAACAUUCAACGACACUCCAGUAAAUCCCAGAAAAUGUACUCAUAUACUCACUAAGAUACUCUAUCUUCUCAAUCAGGGAGAGCAGUUGGGAUGUACAGAAGCAACCGAAGUCUUUUUUGCUGUGACAAAACUGUUCCAGUCAAAGGAUGUUGUUCUUCGAAGGAUGGUCUACCUUGGAAUCAAGGAGCUAUCCUCUCUUGCAGAGGAUGUCAUCAUUGUCACAUCGAGUUUGACAAAGGAUAUGACUGGAAGAGAAGACCUCUACAGAGCAGCUGCCAUACGAGCGUUGUGCAGUAUUACUGAUGUGACGAUGCUGCAGAGCAUUGAGCGUUACAUGAAGCAGGCGAUCGUUGAUAGGAAUUCAGCGGUGAGCAGUGCGGCCCUAGUCAGUAGUCUGCAUCUGACCAAAGUGGCCGGCGAAGUUGUCAAGCGCUGGGUCAACGAGGCACAGGAAGCUGUCAACUCUGAUAGCAUCAUGGUCCAGUACCACGCACUUGGAGUUCUGUACCACAUUAGGAAAUCUGAUCGUCUUGCUGUAACAAAGCUCGUCGCCAAAUUGGGACGCAUGUCGUUGAAAUCUCCUUUUGCAGUCUGUAUGCUUAUCCGAAUUGUUUGCAAACUACUGGAGGAGGAAGGUGGUGAAUGGUCAGAGUCGCCUCUGUUCGACUUUGUAGAAUCGUGCCUGAGACACAAAUCGGAAACUGUUAUCUACGAGGCGGCGCACGCCAUCGUCAAUAUGAAGAACACGACUCAGCGGGAGCUGGCUCCUGCCGUCAGUGUGCUCCAGUUGUUCUGCACUUCUCCCAAGCCCACUCUCAGAUUUGCUGCCGUUCGCACACUAAACAAGGUAGCGAUGUCGCACCCGGCUGCCCUGAUGGCCUGCAACUGCGACCUGGAGAGCCUGAUCACCGACUCGAAUCGCUCGAUCGCCACGCUGGCUAUCACCACCCUGCUCAAGACAGGCGCCGAGUCGUCCGUCGACCGCCUCAUGAAGCAGAUCUCUUCCUUCGUCUGCGAGAUCAGCGACGAGUUCAAGAUUGUUGUUGUCCAGGCGAUUCGGGCACUAUGUUUGAAGUUUCCCCGAAAGCACAGUGUGCUGAUGAAUUUCCUGUCAACCAUGUUGAGAGACGAAGGAGGACUUGAAUACAAGGCAUCCAUUGCCGACACGGUCAUCACGAUCAUUGAAGAAAACCCGGAUGCAAAAGAAACAGGUCUUGCACAUUUGUGUGAGUUCAUUGAAGAUUGCGAACACACCAGUCUGGCUGUCAGAAUACUGCAUCUUCUCGGCAAGGAGGGUCCCAAAACAAAGCAACCAUCCAGGUACAUCCGGUUCAUCUACAACCGCGUGAUCCUGGAGAACGCGGUGGUGCGUGCGGCGGCGGUGGCGGCGAUGGCGCGCUUCGGGGCGGCGUGCCCCGCGCUGCUGCCCAACAUACAGGUGCUGCUGGCGCGCUGCCACAUGGACUCUGAUGACGAGGUGCGCGACCGCGCCACAUACUACCACUCCAUCCUCGGCGCUCAGGACAAGGCGCUCGCCAACCACUACAUCGUCGACACCCUACAGGUAUCUCUGCCGAUCCUAGAAAAGUCUCUCCACCAGUACGUGCAGAACCCCAGUCCAGUUGCAUUUGACCUGAAAUCGAUUCCGCCGCCGUCAGCUGUGCCCGAUGAUCACGUGACUGCUUCCAAUAAGAUCGCAACCGAAGGAUCAAUCACCUCAACCGUUCCGAAGGUUAGCUUGGCCUCAAGAGAAGAAAGUUAUGCGGUGAAGUUACAGAGUGUGCCAGAAAUCGCAAAACUGCCUGGCCCACUGUUCCGCUCUUCAGACCCCGUGCAGCUCACAGAAUCCGAAACCGAGUAUGUAGUCCGCUGCAUCAAACAUUCCUUCCCUCAUCACCUUGUUCUACAGUUCGAGUGUCUGAACACAUUGAACGACCAACUACUGGAGAAUGUAUGGGUGCAGCUUGAACCAAGCGAAGGAUACCAAGUGAUUCAGAGCAUUCCAUGUCCUCGUCUGCAGUACGGAGAGUCGGCUAGCACCUACAUCGUAUUGAAAUUCCCUGAUCAAUUAUCAGCAACAAUCGGGAAUUUUGGUGCUACUUUGAAAUUCAUCGUCAAAGAUUGUGAUGUGUCCACUGGAUUACCAGAUACAGAAGAAGGCUAUGAUGACGAAUACAUGCUGGAAGACGUGGAGGUGUCGUUGAGCGACCAGAUACAGAAGGUGACGAAGGCGAACUUUGGCGCGUCGUGGGAGGAGGCGGCAAGUGGCUUCUGCGAGAUGGAGGAUAUGUACAGCCUGGCGAGUAUGACGUCACUGGAUGAGGCAGUCGGCAACGUGACUGCCUUCCUCGGCAUGCAGCCGGCAGACCGAUCCGACAAGGUCCCAGCCGGCAAAUCGGCGCACACUCUCUUCCUCGCUGGCAUCUUCAGGGGCGGACACGAGGUGCUUGUGCGAGCCAAGCUGGCAAUGGCCGACGCUGUCACCAUGCAACUCACCGUCAGGUCCACCGAACAGAUGGUCGCCGAACUCAUCACCUCCACUGUCGGCUGAUUCACUCACAUUGUUAUAUGCUAUAUUAAUUCAUCAUUAUAAUAUAUUAUAUUCUAUUGUCACUGCUGCAAUAUUUCUACUGAAAGUAUUCAUGUAUAAAUAAAAACUGUUUAAAACUGA